AUGCCUUCGGCGUCAUCGGCGACAACAUCGAAUAUGCAGCAGCAACAAUCGCAAACAUCGCAUCAGCAUUACUACCAGCAACAACAAAUGGCUUCACCGCCACAUCAACAACAGCUGUCACAGCAGCACAGUUACAGCCAUCACUAUGCCUCUAUGCAACAGCAACAGCAGCAACAACAACAGCAGCAACACCAACACCCAACAUACUACAGCGAACAGCAACAUCUACUCAAUCAUACAAUGAGCGGCGGCAGCAGCAACAGCAGCAGUAAUUACGCUGGCAAUAUAUCACCGCCACUGGCCACACAGUCAACAAGUUCCUCGGCCUCGUCAUCGGCCACCUCACAGCCGGCAUCCUCGUCGUCGCUGUCGAGUUUGGCCUCCCAGCCAGGCGCACGUCAUCACCAGCAACAACAUCAGCACGCACAUCAACACGCUGCCUCACACCAGCACCAGCGGCAUGCACAGAAACAUCACUACCACCACCAGCAGCAACAGCAGCAGCAGCAGCAGCAACAACAACAGCCGCCGCCACAACAAUUUCAACAGCACUAUGGUGGCAUGAUGAAUGGCAUCGCCAAUCAAAUGGUUAAUGGGGGUACAGGAAUGGUUGGUAGCGCCAAGAGCGCGCCACAAAAUGCAACAAUGUCCGGCAAUAGCCAUCAGCAACAUUAUGUUGGUAAUGCUGGCGAUAUGAACGGCAGCGUAUACCACCAAUACAUGCGGCCAAGCGGCACGUUGAUGAAUGGUGGCAGUAUCGGUGGUAGUGGCGGCGGUGGUGGCGGCAGUGGCGUUGCACAUCAGAACGGUAUCGCCGUCGAAUAUCACACACAUGCACAUGCCACCGGUGUUGGUGUUGGUGUUGGUGGGGCAGUCAAUGGUGCUGGCAACAAUAAUAGCCUUGUUCUUAAUAACAACCACAACAACAACAAUUGCAACAGUAAUGGCAUGCGUGGUAAUGCCUUGCGUGAUGCCAGCGUAGGUAGUGGCGGUCAUAUGCUGGGUGGCGUUGGUGUUGGCGUUGGUAUUGGUGUUAGUGUUGGCGUUGGCGUUGGCAGUGUGGGUGUUACAACUGCCGGUGGCAGUGGUGUCGCCAGUGGAACUGCGCAAAUGCCAUACAAGAAUAAUGUCUUAAAUAACAAUUACCGUUAUAAUGGACGCAACAAUAUCGGAACAGGUACAUACUACCUCACAGCUAAACAGUUGAAUAGACAAGUGCAAGAAGCUUUGGACAUGAUUAACAAAACCCUUUUUACAUAG